GAGACACGGAUGUUAGACUGACUGCCCCUUUUCUGCAUUACGGCUCUGUCUUGCGGCAUUCAGAGGGAAUCGGGAAGCGUGCCCCCCGAAUAAACAGCCUACAUGCUCUCUCUGCUUCCCGAUCUUACUCAGCCGUUACCUCCUCAAGGGGUACCUAACCCUGCGUAUGGCUCUUCAGGCGCCGUCGCUACUGAAACAGCCGUCCCUCCCAAUUUCUACGAUGGCACCAGCCGAAGCACUUCCGUCUCGUUACCUGAUUAUUGCCAGGGCAAGGGAGGACACGUGAUCUUCGGCUAGUAGAUCUAUCUCGGGAGUUUAGGGUCUCUCUUAACGCAUUUAUUGCCAAGGUCUUGGCAUCCCUGCCUUCCUGCUCCAGCUUACCACCACAUCUGGAUCUACAUAAGUGGGCUAACGAAUCCGUCGUGGGUAGAGACUUGCUGUAUUUCUAAACCUGCAGGAGACACUCAGAAAUGACUCAUUGGUUUCAUCGAAACCCUUUAAAGGCUACAGCUCCUGUCUCAUUCAAUUACUAUGGGGUAGCCACCACUCCAGCUGCAACAAAGAUUUGCAAUGAUUUAAGAUUAUCACGAAGCCGACUCUUGGAGCUUUUUACAGAUCUUAGUUGUAAUCCAGAUAUGAUGAAAAACGCAACUGAUUCCUAUUUUUCACUCUUGAAAGGCUUUAUAGUUUCAUUGGAUGACUCUUCACAGGACAGCAAGCUGAGAUAUAUUCAGAAUUUUAAGUGGACAGACACCUUGCAAGGACAAGUACCAAGUGCCCAACAAGAUGCUGUGUUUGAAUUAAUUUCAAUGGGAUUUAAUGUGGCUUUGUGGUACACUAAAUAUGCAUCGAGGUUGGCAGGGAAAGAAGACAUAACCGAAGACGAAGCAAAAGAUGUCCACAGGAGUAUGAAAACAGCAGCUGGGAUUUUCAAACACUUAAAGGAAAGUCACAUCCCUAAGCUGAUCACUCCUGUAGAAAAGGGAAGAGAUUUAGAAGCUCGGCUGAUAGAUUCCUACGUUAUCCAGUGCCAAGCUGAAGCCCAAGAAGUGACUAUUGCCCGAGCUAUUGAACUGAAACACAAUCCUGGUCUAAUAGCUGCUCUGGCCUAUGAAACAGCUAAUUUCUAUCAAAGAGCAGAUCAAAUGUUAUCCAGUCUGGACCCGGCAUAUACAACCAAGUGGCGAAAAUACCUUCAGCUGAAGUCAUGUUUCUAUAUGGCCUAUGCCUACUGCUACCAUGGUCAAACUCUCCUGGCUGGUGAUAAAUGUGGAGAAGCCAUUAGGUCUUUACAGGAAUCAGAAAAGUUUUUUGCCAAGGCUGAAGCUUUGUGCAAAGAAUAUGGUGAAACCAAAGGUCCUGGAACUACAGCUAAGCCUUCCGGCCACCUCUUCUUUCGGAAACUGGGAACUCUGGUGAAAAAUACCUUAGAAAAAUGCCAGCGAGAGAAUGGAUUCAUUUACUUCCAGAAGAUUCCCCCAGAGGCUCCCCAGCUGGAGCUGAAGGCAAACUAUGGUCUGGUCGAGCCAAUUGCUUUUGAGUUCCCGGCUUUGCAUGCACACUGGACUUCCGAAGCCCUUUCUGCGUUCGAUCUCACCAAAAGGCCAAAGGAGGACAGUGUUAAACCAAAACCAGAGGAGGAAGUAAAACCUGUGAAAGAACCAGAUAUAAAACCUCAAAAAGACACUGGGUGCCAGAUCUCUUAAAUGCUUUGAAAUAGCCCUUGUGAGCUGCAUUUUGUGAACUCUGGGUUUUUUUAUCAUCUGCCUUGUUUUCUGGACUUUCUCAUCCUACAAAGGAAUUCACUGCUUUUCGAGUUUUUAUAGAUACUUUUCUUUUAAGCUCUCUUUCAGAAGCAUUAAUCGAUUAAAAUUGGAAUUGUCAUAAAUGUACCCUCUCAGCAUAGAAAGUGAGUGUUUAGAUGAAUUUGCACUGGAAUGUGGAAUAAGUGAUGGGGAAUACAAGAGAUGAAACAGAAGAAGGUGAGUCUUGGGAGAGGCAGUAUUUUGCAAAGGAGGAAGACUGAACUGGAGGAAAUUUUGUAGAAGCUUUAAGGUGGCGUGUAAAAGAGCUGACUGAAAAUACAAAAGUCAAGGAACAUUUUUAAAAGGUAGGACAAAUUCAUAGUACUGAAAUUUUAAGAGCAAGGAUGUUAAGUUGAAGCAAUGGAGACUUCUAGGGGAAUCAAAGUACAGUAAUUUAUUUAAAGAAAUGGUAUGAAAAUAUAGUGCCUCACCUUGCUAAGGAAAUAGAACGUUUUAGCUCAUGUAAUUUUUACUCUGGCAGGAAUACAACUGAUGCCAUGUUGGCACUACAAGUACAGCAAGUGAAAUACACGUAAAAUAUGCUUUUGGAAGGUAUUUGAAGUCCUUUGACAGAAACAAAAUGUCUUAUUUUGGUCAUGCUUGGGGAAGAGAGAUUAUAGGAACAUAUGUUAAGCAAGAUUUAGCCUUUGCACUAAAAGGGCUAAACAGAAGCAAAACUUUUACAGAAGGACUAUGCAACUCCUAAUUGAAUGCACAGUUGCCAUGGAUAAAUAUCAAGCUGCUCUGUUGUGUUUAAAAAAAAAUCUACUCAUUCCAGAGUCUAGUAUAUAACACAUUAUAGAGAAGGUCUGAAGAUAAUGGCAGAUUUGUGUAGUAAAUAAGAAGAGGAAUUGAAGGGGGAUUUGAACAGGCAGUUGGGCACAUAGGAGCAGAUUGCACUUAAGUGUUGAGAAGACAAAAUAGAUUUAUGUUAAGAAUUCUAUAUUUGUGCUAACUGCUGUUAUCAGAAAUGGGGUAAAAUUAAUUUAAAAGGUUAUUGUAAGUGUAGAGAAAGGAUGAAGGAGAAACAAAAUUGUGGAGUUAUGGGAGUUACAACGAGAUAAGACUAAUAGAAUGGAAAAGCAGAAUCAAAACGUGUCAUGGAGGAUGGGGACGAUGUUUGUGGGAUAGAGUGGCUGUACUGAUUCCGUUCAGAGACCUGGGCUGCAUCUAGACACAUCAAAAAAGUGUUUCCGUUAAAUGAGUUGUAAAUUUAAACAGGGAAAACAGGUAGAGAAAAACGAGACUCCACAGUGCCAUGUGAUGGCACAAUGUUACAUUGCAUAUACAACGCAUAUAAAUUGCCUUUUCGUUACCAAUCUAACUGAGUCCCUGGUUGUGGAUAACCAGCAGAUUUCAAAGAUCUAGAAUGGUGACCUGGAAAACAAAGAAAUGUUGACUCUUGAGAGCCAAGGCAAAAGAAUGUUGCUGUAUGUGAGCUACUUGGAUUAUGCUAUGGGAAACUAGUAGAAUCUGGUUUGUAGAACAUUGUUUUGAAAGAAAAAUGUCCUGUAAAAACAACUACCGUUAACACAUGAUUGGAAAAAUUGCUGCUCCAGCCUGCAAUUGAAUUUGUAUAUAUUUGUAUAAACAGCGUCCUCAGUAGAUUACUCUGGCUCACUACCUGUAUUUGGAGAAAGUAAGGUUAUUUAAUGCAGUGUGGUAUCAGCUUGGCUGGACUCACCAAAGCCUAAAAACACCUUUAAGAUGUGACAUGCUACUGUGUUCAUGCCCUCCUUGUGGGCUUCCCAUAUUCACCUGGUAAGGACAGAACACUAGACGGAAUGGACUUUUUUUCUAGAUCCAGCAGGGCUACUUUUAUUAUUUGCGCCAGCUGUGCCAGUACAGGUCCAGACCCUUCAUUCCAUCAAAAUUUAAAAUCAAUGGUCUUGAUGUCUUCCUGGCUGCCUUACACCACACUGGAUGAAAGAAUAGUGUUCUGAUGUAUGGAAACAUAUAUGAAUAUGCUCCAUUGCACUGAGAAGCUCAUGGCAUAUGUAAAAGACUGGGAGGAUGUCCAGCCAGGGAUUAGUAGGGAUCAGAUAAGCCUGAAGGGCUUAACAAAUCUUUGGAAUGUAUUGUGCUAAGGAACUGUAGAUUAUGUUCUGGUCAGUAACCUUAAAUUAACCAGUUUGUAAAAUGUAGUGAAUGAACAGUUAGGAGUUGGCAAACAACCUGCCCCCAGGCUUAGCAUAGAAAAUAAGUUUCAUAGCCUAGUCCUGGUUGUAUGUAUUCAGAGGUAAGCAGUCAGUUAUUUCAGUGGAGCUUAACUCACAUAUAAGUGCUACCUUUGCGUGCUUUCACUUACCAUCCAUACUUCUCAUGCUCUUAUUUAUUCCAUAACCUUCUUUUCCUCUCUGCUGCAUCAGGUGGGUCCCGUCCCCCCCGGACCACAUGCCUGCAGGUUCAGCCACCUGUAGUUCUCAACCAGCAGUGCAAGAGGUUUUGGCUCCAGUUUCUUAUUCUUGUUCAGCCCCUUAUUUUUGGUUGCUCUGAAGCUGCCACUAACUACUGCACAAAGCGCUUUGUGUGGUCAGGGUUGUGAUUCCCAGCCCAGUACUCCAGAUUGUAGUGGAUGCCCUUGUAUGUUACAUACAUUAGUAUGUACACCACUUUUUCAUCUCUUCGAGUUUUUCUUUCAACUCUGCUUCUUUCCUGCUGCCCUCACUCCCUUUCUGAUUGCACAUUCCCGACUGGUAAGAUCUUCCUGAAGCGUUUGGAGGAAUAGGUGUGACAUGACGGGUUAAAAGUCUUCAGUACACAAGCCAGUUUUAAAUUAAAUAUAAAUGUGUGAUUCCAGUGGGCUUAUCGGGACUGCCCUUUCUUUUGCUCUUUCCAGGCACAGCCCACACUUUAAGACUCUGUGUCCAAGCAUCCUUUCUUGUGCCUCCAGGGUUUUCCCUGUGAAAAUCUGUUCUUUAAAGCUCAGUUGGAGCAAACAGCAAUCCACAGAAAACCUGACCUGAUGUUUUGGUGGGGAAA